AUGAUCAGUACAGGCUACUGUCGACUGUUGUCACCUGGUGUCUCUCUUUCUCUCUCUCUUCAGAUCUCACUUUUCUUUUCUUUUUCUCUUUUUCAUUGUUUUUAUUUUCACUCUUUUUUUUUCUUAUUUCUCUCUUCCUUUCAUUCUAUUUUCUUCUCUUUUCUCAUUAUUGUCACUCAUAUUUAUUUCUCUUUCUUUUACUCUAUUUCUUUUUUUCUUUCUCUCUUAUACUUAUUUUCUCUGUAUCCCUCUUAUUUUCUAAUUUUUCAACUAUUCUUUCUUUUUACUUCUUUUGGCAUUUCUUUCUCUAUUUCUUCCUUUCUUUUGCUCAAAUUCUCUCUUUAUCUUUAUCUUUUUCUUUCUUUUUUUCUUUCUUUCAACUGUCAAAGGAGGUUGGCAAGAAUUUGUCUGGAGCCAAAAGAUAUGCAAAAUAAUGCGGUUUAUUCAUUGGGCAUAAAUCUAUCUCUGACUAUUCAUAUCUAUCUAUCUAUCUAUCUAUCUAUCUAUCUAUCUAUCUAUCUAUCUAUCUAUCUAUCUAUCUAUCUAUCUGUUCACAUCUACAUCUAUUUCCAUAAGUUCUUAUUCAUCAGUGUUAAUUUCUAA